CGGUUGAUAAGUACUAUCUACAACCGUCAUUUAAACACAAAUACAAACAAUAAAUAAUAAUCAACAUUCAGCAUUCAAGCAUUGCAAAUUUGAAAUUUAAUUUUUCAAAACAGAACCACUUUAGCACAGUAUACAAUAAUUAACAAUAAUCUGUGCAAUAAAGUGCCUCAUAUAAAUACUGACUAAUGAUGGAAAUUGACGAAGACUUAAGUGCUAUAGAAAUAGAAACAGAUCCAAUUUUGCCAGAAGUAUCUUCGGAGUCAUUUGGCGAUAUAUCCUGUAUAACUAAUGAUGAUAAUGAAAAAGAAAAUAUCGAAGACCCACAUUCAAUUGAAACCGACGAAUCUGAUCAGGAAGAUGUUACAAUGUCAGGAUCAGAGUCAGGAAUAGUUGAAGAUUUCACUUUUGAUCCAACUGCUUUUAUAGAAAUAUCUGAUAUACUAGAUCUUGUUGGUAAAAAUUGGUCAAUAUUCCGUGUAUCUCCAUUAUGGAAUUUGAAUUUUGAUGCAAACUAUUUAAAUUUGUUAUCCAAAAAGUUGAAGAAAUUUUUAAUAAAUCGUCUAUCUAACAACAUGAAAAACCGAAAAAAUUCUUUCUCAGAUAUCUCUGUGGAAAUUGAAGCAAAAGAAGCAAAUCAGGAAUGUAUUGCAUUAAAGAUUUAUGUUACUAACAAUGAUACUAAUUCAACACUUUAUACUGGUUUGCUAUUAAAAUCACCAAAUUAUAAUCAAAAUUAUGAUAAAAAUAGUCUAUCUGAUAUGCCUAUAUUAAUGGUACAAGGAAAUAAAUCAUUCUCAAUAGCCAUACAUAAUUGGCUAACUGAACAUUUUGAUUGUGUUAUUCGGCCAUAUGAAUUUGCUUUGUAUCAGUUUCUGUGGCUUAUUGCUAUAUCAAUGUGUGAUGCAGGACAAUUAUACAAUGAAACUGUUUUAUACCACUACCUCUAUAAAUGUGAAUCAUCAAAGGGUCAAAUGGAUGUAAAAUGUUAUGCUGAAUCAGAGUUUCUUCGAUCAGUUCUAGCCAAACUUUCCAUGAAUCGGUCAUCUUCUGAAGCUACUUCGUUUCAUUAUUCAGAUUUAAUUAAAGUUCAAUCCGAUAUAGAAGACCAUUUUAAAAUUACAAGUGGAAUAAAUGUAUCAAAAUUAAAAUUAAAAGCAUUCGAAGCGCCUAAAGUUGCUUCAAUUAAUGUUUCUGGAAAAAUACAUGUUUGGUCAUCCACACUUAUUGAUUUAAUGUUAAAAUAUCUUAUGGAACUGCAAGACAAUAAAUGUAUGCCUUAAAAAAUUAAUUUAAAAAGUAUGCAAUAUUUACAUUUGUUAUAAAUGGUUUUCGAGCAUACUAAAUUGUAAAUACUAAUACUUUUUAUUAUUAUUUUAUUAUCUGAUAGAAUUAAAGUUAUGUUUUUAUAUAAAUCAAAAACUGUAUUUUUCAAUUUUUACUAAACAAUUAGCCAAUUUUUUUUUACUCUUUGAAACAAGAUAAUUACAUACUAUAGGUAUGCCCACUAUACCAUCAAUGGACUGGCCGCUUUGUAACACAUUGAUCAAGUCAUAACAAAAGUUAACUAGACCUGAUUUUUACUAAUACACAAUCUAUUUCAUAUAUAUUUCUAUGGUUUUCACUUUAGUAUGUGCGUUAUAAUAAUUUUAUAACAAAUAAAAACUACUUUCGUUCUACUCUAACUGAUGACAGAAUAACUUUCAGCAACGUUUACAACAUAAUAAUUGAUUUCAAAUGUAUAUUUGGCACUCAAUAGUGCGCAUAAAUCCUAAGCCCACCAAUAAUUGGCAUUGUAAUGCAGUUACCAGUCGAGAGGAUGUCAUGCAUGUGUUGUCUCCUUACUAACAUUAAAUUUGAGUUCAGCAGAACCAAUUCUUUGUUGUCUGCUUAAAUACUAGAAUGAAUAUCAAAAUUAAAGGUAAGAACAUUUAAUCUGUGAGCAUUUUGAAUUUGUGAUAUUUCACACACAUAGCUUGCUAAAAAUAUUAAAAUAUUAAUUAUUUUGUAUAAGCUAAUAUACAAUUGGUUCUGUUGAAUUCAAAUUUUUGUUUAUGCUUUUGUAAGACAGAGACUACAUACAUGGGUAGCGUCUAUUAACCUUCAGUUGCAUACUUUAUUACAUAAAAAAUGAGUUACAAGAUGUGUUGGGUAUAUUCAGUUAAAUACAUCGAGUAUCAAACAUUAAAACACUAGCAUUAUUUAUUUGAAAACCAAAUUUUAACAAAUGAAAUUGAAUAGCAUAUAAACAAGGGAAUAAGUAUUUCAUGAGUAUCUUAAUAGCUAUUUUAAUUACCUUAAAAAUAGUUUUUCAAAAUUUAAUAGAGAUUAAAUAUAUAUUGUGACUAACUUGUACAUCAAUCAAAUUAAUAUAAUGAGGCAUAUUAAAUUAUAAGAUCUAAGGGCAUUGAAUGAUUAACAAUACAUUAUUCAGUAUUUACACAGUGUUUAUAAAAUCAUUAAUUUAUAAACAUAAACAAUUAAAACCAUAGUGAUGAUUAUGCGUUCAGUAUCAAAAGUUAAAUUAAAGUAAAUACAAUGUGUAAUUAUAACCAUAUUAUAAAAAAUUAAUUUUCAUUAUUUAAAUUUCAAUGGCAACAUAAAAAAAAUCAAUUUUCCAUGUUAAGUUGAUUAUUUGAGUUUAAAAAGAUAGUUAUUAUUAGUAAAAUACAUUAAGUGUACACUUUCAAACUUUGAAUACUGAUCGCGUGUUUAAGAUAAUAUAAAUAUAGUAAAACAGUUAUAUUCUAACAAACAAAACUUUUAAGAAUAAAUAAAUUAAGUUCCUAACCUAAGGGUAAACAUAAAAAUUAAAUAAGGUAAUUGUAAUAUAGAACUAUAGAAGUAAAGUGUAUAAGAAUAUUUUUUUUAAUCAUUUAUGGGUUAUACAUUUAUGACUUAAAAUCGUUUACAACCAAUAUCAUUAUAUAAGUACCAAUAUGUAAUAUAAUUAUAUAAAUAGAUAUAUUCGCAACACUAAUUUCAAUGAUAUAGAGCUUGGUCUAUUAAUAAAUAUUGAAUACAAUUCACUCAAAAAAAA